UUUUGAUGCAAGGUUAGAAGCCAAAUUGGAGCUAUUCCUGUUAUUUUAUUGCAGCUUAUUUGUUGUUUAUUCUCCUUUAUCCUUCUGCAAGGUUGGACAUUUCCAUCCAAACUAUGUUCUCAAAGAAAGAAGAAGGAAAAGUUCAUGUCUUGUCUGUAAUCGAUGAUGGCCGUGGAAUGACUUAUACUGAAAUGUUGAGAAUGAUCUCAUUCUCAUCAUUUAAGGUACAUGAAAGGGAUAUACUCUGCAGUUUGAGGUUCAGGUUCAGAUGUUUUGAUUCAGUUGAAGUUCUUGACAAAUGCCACUACUCCUCGGAGCCUUGGCCCUUCUUCUGUCAUUCUCAAGCGGAGGGUGGUGAGGCGGAGGCGCGGGCGCAGGAGGCACUUGAGGCGCUGGCCAAGCCAGGGACGGCCACAGGAGCUUCCUCGCCUAGAGCUCGCCUGGAUCAGCGCUGACGACUUGGAGCAGAGGGACGGCCGCGGGAGCUCCCUGGCCUGGAGCAGAGGCCGCCAACCUGGAGAUGCCGGGGGCGGUGCGGUGGUGGGGCGGCGACCUACUGGCCGGAGCAGGUGGAUGGGCAGUGAGUUGGGGAGGCAGGCAUCCGCGAUGGAUCUCAUGCGCUCCGUGAGAUUGGAUUGCCGGCUCUGGCGGGAGGCCGGCGGGAG